AUGGCGGAUUCUCACUUGUCUGGCUCUGUGGGAAGCUACAACAGCAGCUCUCCCACUCCCAGUGCCUGGGACAUCACUGGCAGUGGCCCGUGGUUGUUGGCAUUCAUGCUAACGAUCAUCAUCCUAAUGACAGCAUGUGGAAACAUGUUGCUCAUUGCUUUGGUGUUUGCCCACCGCUCUUUACGUUGUACCUCCAACUGCUUCUUGGUGUCUCUCUUCCUGUCUGACCUGAUGGUGGCGCUGGUGGUCAUGCCUCCAGCCAUGCUCAAUGUACUGUGUGGGGCCUGGGUGUUGUGGCCCGGGUUUUGCCCCGUCUGGCUUUGCUUUGAUGUAAUGUGCUGUAGUGCAUCCAUCCUCAACUUGUGUGUAAUCAGCCUAGACCGUUACCUCUUUAUUAUCUCGCCAUUGCGUUACAAGCAGAGGAUGACCCCUCCUCGGGCCCUACUCCUGGUUGCAGCUGCUUGGGGAUUGGCAGCACUGGCGUCCUUCUUGCCCAUUGAGAUGAAAUGGCACAGUUUAGGCCACUGGAGUGGACACACAUCACUUCCUGGGGUCAGCAACAUCAGUUCCUACUCAGAUACACUUUACCCAGAAUCCUAUUUUCAGCUGUCACCAUCAGGGGGCCUUGCCUUUCAGUGCCGCCUGCAGGUCACCCUACCGUUUGCCUUGGUGGCAUCAGCACUCACCUUCUUUUUGCCCUCAAGCGCCAUUUGCUUCACCUACUGCCGAAUCCUUCUGGCAGCCCGUAGGCAAGCCAAGAGGGUUGCAGCUCUGAGCCACCCACCACAUCCACAUCCCUCUCUUGGGGAACCCUCAAGACCUCCAUCACCUGGAGCUGCAGCAGCUCACCAGGAUGGAGAUGACUGCAGCCACCAGGAACCUCUAGUAUCACAAAAUCUACCGCAGUCAGUCAACAGUGAGCGUCGUCUGGCUCAUAGGCAGGGUCGGAGGGCACUGAAGGCCAGUCUGACACUGGGGGUCCUCCUGGGACUCUUCUUCAGCGCUUGGCUACCUUUUUUCAUCACCAAUAUGGCUCAGGCAGUGUGCGAGUGCGUCCCUCUAGCCCUGUUUGACGCCAUCACCUGGCUGGGCUACUGCAACAGCACAAUGAAUCCUAUUAUCUACCCCUUGUUCAUGAGAGACUUUAAGCGAGCUCUGGGGAAGAUCCUACCCUGCUGCUCCUCACGCUCACCCAGAAGGCCAUCGCCAGCGCUCUCCCUUUCCCUCCGCAACUCAGGAGAGCCCAACAUGGCCAGCAGCCCCCCCUCCCCUCUGGCCUCUGACCCCACCCAUGCUCCUGCAACUGCCACCGAUGCGGUCAACCUGCUGGACGCUGCACACGGAGGGAUUGAACUGCCUUUACUUCUGCCAAAUCAAGUGGACACACUGGAUUGA